UUUUUUUUCCCUUGCCGCGUUCGACUCCAUGCUCUCCUUUUUUCUUCGUCCUGUGACUUGCCCACUCCAUUACUACUAACUAAUCGAUCUCAUAAACUUUUUUCUGAUCCCAUCGACGAUCCUACUGAAACCGAAUCACUACAUUAUCUUCGGAAACGCUUCUGCAAGAAUCGUGGGCAAGAUAAACACUGUGCUAAUCCCUACUACAUGGGAUGGCUCAGCAUCACAACCACAGCCACCACCACCACCACUCAGCCGCCGCAGAUGGCGCAGUUUCUCAGCGAGUCAAUAGCCCUCGAUUCUCCGGUCCAAUGACUCGCAGAGCCACCUCUUUCAAACGUCAAAAUAACAACAAUAACAACAGGGACAAUGGUAGCAACCACAGCUCCCAAACCAAAGACAACAAUAGUAAUAGCUCUCACGAGAUUAAUGUUCAGCUGAACUCGCCCAGAUCUGAAAACUACUCGAAUGCGAACUCUGGAGAUGGGUUCGAUUCUUCGGUGGAAAAGAGGCAGACCCGUUUGGGGAAUUUGACUCAAAGAGUGCAUUCGAAGAGAAAGAUUGGAUCUUUUGGUAUGGACUUUGGGUUGGGAUUGGAGUUGAAGGGGAAGGUGAAGGUGGGGCAGUGGAUGUUUUUUCUGUUUUGCGGGCUUUGUUUGUUUCUGGGAAUUUUGAAAUUUUGUGUCAGUGGUUGGUUUGGAUCUGCAAUUGACAGAGUUGGGUCCAAUCAGGAUUUCUAUGACAAUCCAGACACUGCUUAUAAUGUGAGAGAUGAAGGGGCUCAUGACUAUGGAUAUCAAACAGGAGCUAAUGAAAAUGCAGGCAGAGAAAAUGAUAAUGACCGGACUCUAAAGACGGUACCUAGAAUGGCUGAUCAUUCAGGUAUAUGGGCCAAGCCAGAUAGUGAGAAUUAUAUUCAGUGCAUUGAUCAGUCAAAACACAAAAAGUUGGACGAAAAGACGAAUGGUUACCUUCUGAUAAACGCAAAUGGUGGCUUAAAUCAGAUGAGAUUUGGGAUCUGUGACAUGGUUGCUGUUGCUAAAGUCAUGAAGGCAACUCUUGUUCUUCCCUCCCUCGAUCACACUUCUUACUGGGCUGACGAGAGUGGCUUUAAAGAUCUAUUUGACUGGGAACACUUUAUUCAGACAUUGAAAGAUGAUAUUCACAUAGUUGAGGCACUACCACCUGAAUAUGCUGGAAUUGAACCGUUCAACAAAACACCCAUUUCCUGGUCUAAGGUCAGCUAUUACAAGUCAGAAGUUGCCCCACUUCUGAAGCAGCAUAAAGUGAUCUACUUUACUCAUACCGAUUCCCGGCUUGCCAACAAUGGUCUUCCAAACUCCAUACAAAAGCUAAGAUGCCGUGUGAAUUAUAGAGCUUUGAAGUACUCAACCCAAAUUGAAGAAUUAGGGAAAACUUUCGUGUCAAGAAUACGAUACAAUGGAAGUCCUUACCUUGCUCUCCACUUGAGAUAUGAGAAGGAUAUGCUGGCUUUCACAGGAUGCAGUCACAAUUUGACAGCAGAAGAAGAUGAGGAACUUCGUAAGAUGCGAUACGAGGUGAGCCAUUGGAAGGAAAAAGAGAUCGAUGCAGUAGAGAGAAGAAAGGUUGGUGGAUGCCCUUUGACACCCAGGGAGACGGCCCUUUUGCUUCAGGGGCUAGGAUAUCCAUCCAACACUAGGAUUUACUUGGUUGCUGGUGAAGCUUAUGGAAAUGGGAGUAUGCAAUAUCUCACGGAGAGCUUCCCAAAUAUCUUCUCCCAUUUGACUUUAUCAUCUGAGGAAGAACUAAAUCCUUUCAGAAAUCACCAGAAUAUGUUAGCUGGGUUGGACUAUGUAGUUGCUCUUGAGAGUGAUGUUUUUGUAUACACCUAUGAUGGUAAUAUGGCAAAAGCAGUACAAGGUCAUCGGCGCUUUGAGGAUUUCAAGAAAACUGUCAAUCCAGACAGGAUGAAAUUUGUAAAGUUAGUUGAUGAUCUUGAUGAAGGGGUAAUGUCCUGGAAAAAAUUCAGUUCUAAGGUAAAAAAACUUCACAAGGAUCGCAUUGGAGCCCCCUAUCCAAGGGAGCCUGGCGAAUUCCCAAAGCUAGAGGAGAGCUUUUAUGCAAAUCCGCUUCCUGGCUGUAUUUGUGAAAAAAACCACGAAAGAUAGAAGAGGUUCGACUCAACAGGUUUUGCUGAUUAGUUUCUGUAUUGAACACUUCAAAGGGCUGUUGCCAGAGACUGAUACAACGCUCCUUAAGGGUGAAUGGCUUAAAGAUUUGUUUGAAGUUCAUUUAGCCAACAUUUCAAGUGCAAACUGGAUCAGUGAUGACUUGCGCUCCUCAAGUUCAGCUAAAUUUGGCAGCUCAUCGCACAGUUCUGAAGCAUACUCUUCACCACACAAUACUUACACAUUACAUUAAUUACACAUCCUGCAGCGGAUGACUUUUGGUAAUUGAUAUGUAAGUUGCUGACUUCCAUGUACCAAGUGCAGACACUUGCAUGAAUUGGGAAAAUGGAAAACUCAUACAACUUAUUUUACUAUCGGUGCUGGAUGCAGAAUAUGCAAUUGAUUGAUACUACAACUGUUCCUGAAUUUCGUUCUUCGAGUAAAUUCCAUCUUCUUAACUUGUUAUGUUUGUAUCAAGCAAGAGAACUCGUUCAGGAACACUUAAAAUCUGCUGCUUGGAGCUCAUAAAAUUGUACUUGAAACAAUUUGUAGAACAAUUUUUCUUUGUUAUUAUCUUUUCUUAUUUUUUUUCCCUAAAAGGUAAAAGCAUGAGGAUAUUUUGGUCGUUCAGAAAAAUCUUUCUGCUCUCUCCAUCUGCCGUGAAUGAAAAGGGGUUGUUUAUAAUUUGGUCAUGCCUCGGGGGUUGAUUGGUAAUAAAAGAUAAACUUUAGAGGAGGUAAAUGCAGUCAACCGUAUCUUCAAAUUGCUAUUGGACUAAACUAAUCGCUUUGGCAAAUUUUAAGCCUGGUUUGCAAAAUUUAGGCAAGAAAAGAAGGAAGAUUGAGUACAAGUUGGGCAACAAAAGAAGAGAACCUGUUAGGUCCUCCUGUGCUACGUUUGGGUGUUUUGAGUACGAAAGGAAGAAGGAAGAUUACCAAUGUUAUAUUAUAUGUGACUUUUACAUACAAGUUCGUCCUUCUAUAUAAGUAUUUUAAUGUGUAUCUGAUGGGCAAAAGGGACAUUGCAAAUGGUCUUGGUUAAGGUAAAAAAAUGCUAAGGGUGCAAAAUCAGAAUAGUUGAGAACAUUAGGGGCGCAAAAGGAAAACAAGAAAGGCCUAGCAUGAAGAAGAGCACAGCGUGAAUAUACUUGCAUUAAAAUCAAAUGUACUCCUUCAAUCCCGAAUUCAUUUACGACAACAGCACAUUUCAUUUCAUUUCCAGAACAGGCAGAUUUCGGCAUGAGAGUUUCAGAUUGACAACAAGAGGAAAUACGAGAAAAGCCAUCAUUAGGACAGCUGAAAUACCAACGGAGACUGAACUGCGGAUAACUACUCCACUAACUCAUUCUCAUUAUUUAGAGACUUCAAUCCUGACCUUAAAACAAAAGUACUUGAACU